AUGGCGCUCGGUCAAUCUAUGCUUGCAAGAAGAUUCUUGCUAUGGUACAUUCUUCUUGGAUCGUUCCUCAUCCUUCCACUGUCUUGGGAAGUCUUCAACGGUUGCAAAUUACUUGAGGUCGAAUCACAAAACUAUGGACUUUUUAAGAGAGCCGCAUACGAUUCUGAAGGCCUCAUUGGAUGUGUUGAGUACUCAUCAAACUUCACGACGGAUGACGAUGUCUUUUUUAAGAUCGCACGAACUGCAGGUCUUACGAUGGUCAUGUUCGCUACGAUCGCAUCGAUUAUCUGCUUAUUUAUUCAAUGCUUCAGCAAGGCUGGAAAGUCGAAGCUAUGGGUUGUGAUGCGAUUGACAUUCUUCUUGUCGUUCCUUUCACAAGGAGCUGUUUUUACAAUCUAUUUUUCUGAACUUCGUACUGCUUCAGAAGAGUGGAAGAUUGGGGCGAAUGGCAUUCAAGCAGCGUGCAAUGUUUUCUUCUUAUUUCUCAUGGUUAUUGCUACCAUAUGCUCGUUGCCACCAAAGAAUCCAGUUUUCAGAUUGUGGUAUGAUCUGCCCGAUUACGAUACUGACAAAGCUUCGUUCGAGGAGGAAGAUGAUGUCGAAGCAGGAGCAAGAGAACCUCGAGAGUGUGAGGAGAGUGUCUCGUUGUUUGGUGGAAGUGUAAAAAGUCUGAAGAAGAAGGUCAAUGGUGUACAAAGUGUUGCAGGUAGCGUUCGUUCAAUGGCAAGAAGGUACACCACUUCAGAAAUGGGUCAAAUCGAAGAGACACAUGACCAUCAGGCUGAGCCAGAUGGCAACUCUCUUGUUGAUACCAUUAAAAGUCGUACUACAAACGGCCUUUCUAUUACUGAAAGCAGCUUCCAGCGUCAUGUUGAUGAUAUGAUUGAUCAUGGGAUUUCUCUCGGGCCAGGAGGCAUUCGAGAAGAUGAACGACGAGAAGGGAAUCAAGUCAUUAUUGUGGACAAAUACCCGGGUACCUUGCGAAACAAUCUUCUUGGAGACGUUGACGGCACCGAUGUCGUAAAAGUGCGCUCCGAAUACUGCCCUGCAGGAAGAAAGACCAUUCGAGAAGAGUGCCAUCCGGACGGUUCCCGCACUGUUACGACAGUCAUCACAGUGGUGAAAGAUGAUAGUGUUAUCGCCGGCAUCGAUCCAUAA